AUGGGCACAGGUGGUGGGACACGAAUACCACUAUGGAUAUCAAUACUAGCAAUUGCCUUCAUACAGAUCAAAGUUGAAGCCCAGAAUGAUGAAGCACCAACAAAAUCGAAGUCUAUUUCUCCAUCGAUCCUGCAGGGACAAAAACCUUUUCCACCAUCCAAAGGAGUGCAAAUCAUUCCACCUUUACCAAACACGCUGAAAGUCAAGGCUGGAAACCCCUCUCACAAUGGCCGUGUGUGCAGCACGUGGGGUAACUUCCACUACAAGACCUUUGAUGGGGACAUCUUUUACUUCCCUGGGGUCUGCAAUUACAUCUUUACCUCCAACUGCAAAUCUCCCUACGAGGAUUUCAACAUCCAGAUCAGGCGUACGAUGGCGCAAAAUGCCACAGUGAUCACUCACGUCAUCAUGAAGGUGGAAGGAGCAGUGAUUGACCUGACUCGUGGCUCUGUCCAUCUUGAUGGCAAACUGGUUCACAUGCCUUACAGCCACAUGGGAGUCUUCAUAGAGAAAAGCAACAACUACAUAAAAGUUUCUGCCAAGAUAGGACUGACCUUCCUUUGGAACGAAGAGGAUGCCCUUCUGGUGGAACUAGAUAAGAAAUAUGCCAACCAAACCUGUGGCCUUUGUGGGGACUUCAAUGGAAUUCCACUUUACAGCGAAUUUGUUUCAGGGAAGACAAAACUGACUGCCGUGCAGUAUGGGAACAAGCACAAGAUGGAUGGACCCACAGAGCAGUGUGCUGAUCCUCUUCCUUCUCCUGUCCCAAUGAACUGUUCAUCUGAAUUUGCAACCAUCUGUCAGACAGUAUUAACCAGCAAGGCAUUCACAAGCUGCAAUGCUCUCGUGAACGUUCAGGACUACAUUGAAACUUGCAUACAAGACCUCUGCCACUGUGACAGCUCCAUGGCUGACUUCUGCAUGUGCAACACCUUUGCUGAGUACUCUCGGCAGUGUGCUCAUGCUGGUGGACAGCCUCUGAACUGGAGAACUUCAGAGCUGUGUUCCAAAUCAUGUCCUUUCAACAUGCAUUACCAGGAGUGUGGCUCACCCUGCUCAGACACGUGCAGCAACCCGGAACGCUCUGAACUUUGUGAAGAUCACUGCACAGAUGGCUGUGUCUGCCCUCCAGGAACUGUCUUUGAUGACAUCAAUGGUGCUGGCUGCAUUCCCCGUAAGGCAUGCCACUGUACCUAUGAAGGGGAAACUUAUGCUCCUGGAGCCUCCUUCUCAUCCAAAUGCAGAUCAUGUACCUGUGCUGGAGGUGAAUGGUCUUGCAUCACCCGGUCAUGCCCUGGAACAUGCAGCGUUGAAGGAGGUUCCCACAUCACCACUUUUGAUGAGAAGCAUUAUUCCUUCUUUGGAGACUGUAGCUACGUCCUAACCAAGCUCUGUGACAGCAAUGAAUUCAGUGUCCUGGGAGAUAUCCACAAGUGUGGCCUGUCUGACACUGAGACGUGCCUCAAGAGUAUAGCUGUCAGCCUGAAUGGAGGACAAACUACCAUCGUGAUUCAAGCUUCUGGCAGUGUAUUUGUGAAUAUGAUCUACACACAGCUGCCAUUCUCUGCAGCAAAUGUCACCAUCUUCAGACCAUCAUCUUUCUUCAUCAUUAUGGAAACAACCUUUGGUCUUCAGAUACAAGUUCAGCUCGUGCCUGUCAUGCAAGCAUACAUAGACCUAGAGCCAUCACAUAAAGGGCAGACCUGUGGUCUCUGUGGAAACUUCAAUGAUGUGCAGACAGAUGAUUUCAAAACCACCAGUGGAGUAAUAGAGGGCACUUCAGCUGCUUUUGGCAACACUUGGAAAAUCCGGGCUGAUUGUCCUAAUGCCAAAAAUACCUUUGAGGACCCCUGUACUGUCAGCAUACAAAAUGACCAGUAUGCUCAGCACUGGUGUGGACUGCUCUCUGAUCCCAAGGGACCUUUUGCUGAAUGUCACUCCACAGUGAAUCCAGAAGUUUAUCAGAAGAACUGCAUGUUUGACACCUGUAACUGUGAGAAGAGUGAGGACUGCAUGUGUGCUGCCCUUUCCAGCUACUCCAGGGCCUGUGCUGCUAAAGGAGUUCUCCUCACUGGGUGGAGGACCAAAGCCUGCACAAAAUACACCAAACUGUGUCCAAAAUCCUUGGAGUACUCUUACUACAUCAACUCCUGCCAGCCCACCUGCCGCUCUCUGAGCGAGCCUGAUGUCACCUGCAGCAUCGAGUUUGUCCCAGUUGAUGGCUGCACCUGCAUAAAUGGAACCUACAUGGAUGACAGUGGGAAGUGUGUGCCUGCUUCUAGCUGUCCUUGCUACUACAAGGGAACACCUCUGUCUUCUGGAGAAGUUAUCCAUGAUAAUGGCAUUGUCUGCACCUGCUCCUAUGGAAAGCUGAGCUGCACUGGAGAGAAACCUGAACCAGUCUGCACACACCCCAUGGUCUAUAUUGACUGCGGCAAUGCCACUGGAGAUGUAGUAGGAGCAGGAUGCCAGAAGAGCUGUCAGACUCUAGAUAUGGAAUGUUACAAAACCCAGUGUGUCUCUGGCUGUGUGUGUCCUCACAACAAAGUGCUGGAUGGCAAAGGUGGCUGCAUAGCUCCAGAAGAUUGUCCAUGUAUUCACAAUGGGAAUUUCUACAAUCCAGGACAAUCAAUCAGAGUUGGCUGCAACAAUUGCACAUGUAGAAACAGAAAAUGGCACUGCUCCCAGGAACCCUGCCUGGAAACCUGCUCUGUUUAUGGAGAUGGGCACUACACCACCUUUGAUGGCAAACGCUUUGAUUUUGAAGGAGAUUGUGAAUAUGUCCUGGUCCAGAACUACUGUGGUCAACAAGGUGCGAAUCAGGGAACCUUCAGAGUCAUCACUGAGAACAUUCCAUGUGGCACUACAGGAACCACUUGCUCUAAGUCUAUUAAAGUUUUCCUGGGGAACUAUGAGCUGGUACUCAGUGAUGGACAGUCUGAUGUCAUCCAAAGGGCCCCCGGGGGAAAAAUGCCGUUCCAGAUCCGUUCUAUGGGCAUCUACAUGGUGGUUGACACUACUGUUGGCCUGAUACUCAUGUGGGACAAGAAAACGAGCAUCUUUAUCAAACUUAGCCCCAGCUUUGAGGGACAUGUCUGUGGACUUUGUGGAAACUAUGAUGGCAAUGGAAAUAAUGACUUCACUACUCGCAGUCAGUCUGUGGUAGGAAAUGUGCAGGAGUUUGCCAACAGCUGGAAGGUGUCUUCUAGUUGCCCCAAUGCCAAUGGUACGAAGGAUCCAUGCACUGCCAACCCGUACAGGAAAGCCUGGGCACAAAAGCAAUGCAGCAUCAUUACCAGUGAAGUGUUUGCAAAGUGUCACUCCCAGGUUGAACCAAAUGAAUACUAUCAAGCAUGUGUGGAUGAUGCUUGUGCCUGUGACACUGGAGGGGACUGUGAAUGUUUCUGUACAGCAGUAGCUGCCUAUGCUCAAGCCUGCAAUGAGCUGGACAUCUGCAUUUCAUGGAGAACCCCAUCCAUUUGUCCUCUCUUCUGUGAUUACUACAAUCCCCAAGGGGAGUGUGAAUGGCACUACAAGCCGUGCGGAGCCCCUUGUAUGAAGACCUGCAAAAAUCCAAGUGGGAAAUGCCUUCAUGAGUUGAGGGGAUUGGAAGGCUGCUAUCCAAACUGUCCAAAAAAUAAGCCCUAUUUUGAUGAAGAAACCAUGAGUUGUGUUGACACUUGUGGUUGCUAUGAAAAUGGAAAGAAUUACAAACCAGGAACACUGAUGCCUUCGAAAGAGAACUGUCAGUCAUGUGAAUGCACAAUUCAUGGCAAAAGAUGCAGCUAUGAUGUUUACGAAUGUGUCUGCAUUUAUGAGGGAAAGAAAUAUGGCUAUAAAGAUGUGGUCUACAAUACUACAGACGGCAUAGGAGGUUGUAUUGUGGCAGUUUGUAGUGCCAAUGGAACACUUGAAAGGAUUGUCUAUGACUGUCCAGUCUCAACAACACCCACAACAACCUUCCACUUCAGCACUACAACAGCUCCCACUACUUCCACAGGUACAUCCUUUACACAUGCUAAGAUGUGUGUUCAUGAAGUCUGCGAGUGGUCACAAUGGUAUGAUGGGAGUGUGCAAACCCCUGGCUAUGACGGUGGAGAUUUUGAAACCUUUGAUGAUUUGAGAGCUAAAGGUUAUGAAGUCUGCAAAGCUCCUCGGGCUGUUGAAUGUAGGGCAGAGAAAUUCCCUGACAUACCACUGAAGGACCUAGGCCAAAAAGUAGAAUGCAGCACAAAAUCCGGGCUUAUAUGUUACAACAAAGACCAAAUCUCAACAAUGUGCGAUAACUAUGAAAUAAGAAUCCUAUGCUGUGUUUUCGUACCAUGCUCUUCCACAACACCAACUAAGAGCACGAGUACUGAAGAAACUACAACUACUGCAACUACAACUACUGCAACUACAACAACCACUCUCACCUCUACCGCAACAAUACCACUUUGUACCAAAGAAGAAUGUUACUGGUCAAGGUGGUAUGAUGUCAGCUAUCCUGGCUCUGGAUAUAAUGAUGGAGAUUUUGAAACAAUUCAUAAUAUUGAAAAGAAGGGAUACAAAGAGAUCGAGUGCCGUGCUGAGGACUACCCUGAGCUGCCCAUCACACAGGUCGGACAGGUCGUGCAGUGCGAUGUCAACUUUGGACUGGUGUGCAAGAACCAGGACCAGACUGGCAAAUUUAAAAUGUGCCUCAACUACAAGAUCCGCUCCACUUCCUCGGAAACCACAUCGCAGACCUACACCACCACCACAAGCCCCACGCCACCACCAACCCCUUACAUCCCCAGCUCAACCUCCACCACCACCCAGGUCUCUACGCCCUGUCAGCCCAACAUUUGCAGCUGGACCGAAUGGUUGGACGUCGACUUCCCCUCACCGGGACCCAACCAGGGAGACUUUGAAACCUACCAGCACAUCCGGGCUGCUGGCAAGAAAAUCUGUCAACAUCCACAGGAGAUCGAGUGCCGUGCUGAGGACUACCCUGAGCUGCCCAUCACACAGGUCGGACAGGUCGUGCAGUGCGAUGUCAACUUUGGACUGGUGUGCAAGAACCAGGACCAGACUGGCAAAUUUAAAAUGUGCCUCAACUACAAGAUCCGCGUCCUCUGCUGCAGCCCCAACCCCAACUGCCCAGCACCACUGCCCUACAGCACCACCAGCCCCACCACUACCACCACACGCAGAACACCAACCUCCACCUCCAUAACCACCUCCACGCAGUCCACUUCCUCGGAAACCACAUCGCAGACCUACACCACCACCACAAGCCCCACGCCACCACCAACCCCUUACAUCCCCAGCUCAACCUCCACCACCACCCAGGUCUCUACUCCCUGUCAGCCCAACAUAUGCAGCUGGACCGAAUGGUUGGACGUCGACUUCCCCUCACCGGGACCCAACCAGGGAGACUUUGAAACCUACCAGCACAUCCGGGCUGCUGGCAAGAAAAUCUGUCAACAUCCACAGGAGAUCGAGUGCCGUGCUGAGGACUACCCUGAGCUGCCCAUCACACAGGUCGGACAGGUCGUGCAGUGCGAUGUCAACUUUGGACUGGUGUGCAAGAACCAGGACCAGACUGGCAAAUUUAAAAUGUGCCUCAACUACAAGAUCCGCGUCCUCUGCUGCAGCCCCAACCCCAACUGCCCAGCACCACUGCCCUACAGCACCACCAGCCCCACCACUACCACCACACGCAGAACACCAACCUCCACCUCCAUAACCACCUCCACGCAGUCCACUUCCUCGGAAACCACAUCGCAGACCUACACCACCACCACAAGCCCCACGCCACCACCAACCCCUUACAUCCCCAGCUCAACCUCCACCACCACCCAGGUCUCUACGCCCUGUCAGCCCAACAUAUGCAGCUGGACCGAAUGGUUGGACGUCGACUUCCCCUCACCGGGACCCAACCAGGGAGACUUUGAAACCUACCAGCACAUCCGGGCUGCUGGCAAGAAAAUCUGUCAACAUCCACAGGAGAUCGAGUGCCGUGCUGAGGACUACCCUGAGCUGCCCAUCACACAGGUCGGACAGGUCGUGCAGUGCGAUGUCAACUUUGGACUGGUGUGCAAGAACCAGGACCAGACUGGCAAAUUUAAAAUGUGCCUCAACUACAAGAUCCGCUCCACUUCCUCGGAAACCACAUCGCAGACCUACACCACCACCACAAGCCCCACGCCACCACCAACCCCUUACAUCCCCAGCUCAACCUCCACCACCACCCAGGUCUCUACGCCCUGUCAGCCCAACAUAUGCAGCUGGACCGAAUGGUUGGACGUCGACUUCCCCUCACCGGGACCCAACCAGGGAGACUUUGAAACCUACCAGCACAUCCGGGCUGCUGGCAAGAAAAUCUGUCAACAUCCACAGGAGAUCGAGUGCCGUGCUGAAGACUACCCUGAGCUGCCCAUCACACAGGUCGGACAGGUCGUGCAGUGCGAUGUCAACUUUGGACUGGUGUGCAAGAACCAGGACCAGACUGGCAAAUUUAAAAUGUGCCUCAACUACAAGAUCCGCUCCACUUCCUCGGAAACCACAUCGCAGACCUACACCACCACCACAAGCCCCACGCCACCACCAACCCCUUACAUCCCCAGCUCAACCUCCACCACCACCCAGGUCUCUACGCCCUGUCAGCCCAACAUAUGCAGCUGGACCGAAUGGUUGGACGUCGACUUCCCCUCACCGGGACCCAACCAGGGAGACUUUGAAACCUACCAGCACAUCCGGGCUGCUGGCAAGAAAAUCUGUCAACAUCCACAGGAGAUCGAGUGCCGUGCUGAGGACUACCCUGAGCUGCCCAUCACACAGGUCGGACAGGUCGUGCAGUGCGAUGUCAACUUUGGACUGGUGUGCAAGAACCAGGACCAGACUGGCAAAUUUAAAAUGUGCCUCAACUACAAGAUCCGCGUCCUCUGCUGCAGCCCCAACCCCAACUGCCCAGCACCACUGCCCUACAGCACCACCAGCCCCACCACUACCACCACACGCAGAACACCAACCUCCACCUCCAUAACCACCUCCACGCACACCACCCAGGUCUCUACGCCCUGUCAGCCCAACAUAUGCAGCUGGACCGAAUGGUUGGACGUCGACUUCCCCUCACCGGGACCCAACCAGGGAGACUUUGAAACCUACCAGCACAUCCGGGCUGCUGGCAAGAAAAUCUGUCAACAUCCACAGGAGAUCGAGUGCCGUGCUGAGGACUACCCUGAGCUGCCCAUCACACAGGUCGGACAGGUCGUGCAGUGCGAUGUCAACUUUGGACUGGUGUGCAAGAACCAGGACCAGACUGGCAAAUUUAAAAUGUGCCUCAACUACAAGAUCCGCGUCCUCUGCUGCAGCCCCAACCCCAACUGCCCAGCACCACUGCCCUACAGCACCACCAGCCCCACCACUACCACCACACGCAGAACACCAACCUCCACCUCCAUAACCACCUCCACGCAAUCCACUUCCUCGGAAACCACAUCGCAGACCUACACCACCACCACAAGCCCCACGCCACCACCAACCCCUUACGUCCCCAGCUCAACCUCCACCACCACCCAGGUCUCUACGCCCUGUCAGCCCAACAUAUGCAGCUGGACCGAAUGGUUGGACGUCGACUUCCCCUCACCGGGACCCAACCAGGGAGACUUUGAAACCUACCAGCACAUCCGGGCUGCUGGCAAGAAAAUCUGUCAACAUCCACAGGAGAUCGAGUGCCGUGCUGAGGACUACCCUGAGCUGCCCAUCACACAGGUCGGACAGGUCGUGCAGUGCGAUGUCAACUUUGGACUGGUGUGCAAGAACCAGGACCAGACUGGCAAAUUUAAAAUGUGCCUCAACUACAAGAUCCGCGUCCUCUGCUGCAGCCCCAACCCCAACUGCCCAGCACCACUGCCCUACAGCACCACCAGCCCCACCACUACCACCACACGCAGAACACCAACCUCCACCUCCACAACCACCUCCACGCAAUCCACUUCCUCGGAAACCACAUCGCAGACCUACACCACCACCACAAGCCCCACGCCACCACCAACCCCUUACGUCCCCAGCUCAACCUCCACCACCACCCAGGUCUCUACUCCCUGUCAGCCCAACAUAUGCAUCUGGACCGAAUGGUUGGACGUCGACUUCCCCUCACCGGGACCCAACCAGGGAGACUUUGAAACCUACCAGCACAUCCGGGCUGCUGGCAAGAAAAUCUGUCAACAUCCACAGGAGAUCGAGUGCCGUGCUGAGGACUACCCUGAGCUGCCCAUCACACAGGUCGGACAGGUCGUGCAGUGCGAUGUCAACUUUGGACUGGUGUGCAAGAACCAGGACCAGACUGGCAAAUUUAAAAUGUGCCUCAACUACAAGAUCCGCGUCCUCUGCUGCAGCCCCAACCCCAACUGCCCAGCACCACUGCCCUACAGCACCACCAGCCCCACCACUACCACCACACGCAGAACACCAACCUCCACCUCCACAACCACCUCCACGCAAUCCACUUCCUCGGAAACCACAUCGCAGACCUACACCACCACCACAAGCCCCACGCCACCACCAACCCCUUACGUCCCCAGCUCAACCUCCACCACCACCCAGGUCUCUACUCCCUGUCAGCCCAACAUAUGCAGCUGGACCGAAUGGUUGGACGUCGACUUCCCCUCACCGGGACCCAACCAGGGAGACUUUGAAACCUACCAGCACAUCCGGGCUGCUGGCAAGAAAAUCUGUCAACAUCCACAGGAGAUCGAGUGCCGUGCUGAGGACUACCCUGAGCUGCCCAUCACACAGGUCGGACAGGUCGUGCAGUGCGAUGUCAACUUUGGACUGGUGUGCAAGAACCAGGACCAGACUGGCAAAUUUAAAAUGUGCCUCAACUACAAGAUCCGCUCCACUUCCUCGGAAACCACAUCGCAGACCUACACCACCACCACAAGCCCCACGCCACCACCAACCCCUUACAUCCCCAGCUCAACCUCCACCACCACCCAGGUCUCUACUCCCUGUCAGCCCAACAUAUGCAGCUGGACCGAAUGGUUGGACGUCGACUUCCCCUCACCGGGACCCAACCAGGGAGACUUUGAAACCUACCAGCACAUCCGGGCUGCUGGCAAGCAAAUCUGUCAACAUCCACAGGAGAUCGAGUGCCGUGCUGAGGACUACCCUGAGCUGCCCAUCACACAGGUCGGACAGGUCGUGCAGUGCGAUGUCAACUUUGGACUGGUGUGCAAGAACCAGGACCAGACUGGCAAAUUUAAAAUGUGCCUCAACUACAAGAUCCGCACCUACACCACCACCACAAGCCCCACGCCACCACCAACCCCUUACAUCCCCAGCUCAACCUCCACCACCACCCAGGUCUCUACUCCCUGUCAGCCCAACAUAUGCAGCUGGACCGAAUGGUUGGACGUCGACUUCCCCUCACCGGGACCCAACCAGGGAGACUUUGAAACCUACCAGCACAUCCGGGCUGCUGGCAAGAAAAUCUGUCAACAUCCACAGGAGAUCGAGUGCCGUGCUGAGGACUACCCUGAGCUGCCCAUCACACAGGUCGGACAGGUCGUGCAGUGCGAUGUCAACUUUGGACUGGUGUGCAAGAACCAGGACCAGACUGGCAAAUUUAAAAUGUGCCUCAACUACAAGAUCCGCGUCCUCUGCUGCAGCCCCAACCCCAACUGCCCAGCACCACUGCCCUACAGCACCACCAGCCCCACCACUACCACCACACGCAGAACACCAACCUCCACCUCCACAACCACCUCCACGCAGUCCACUUCCUCGGAAACCACAUCGCAGACCUACACCACCACCACAAGCCCCACGCCACCACCAACCCCUUACGUCCCCAGCUCAACCUCCACCACCACCCAGGUCUCUACUCCCUGUCAGCCCAACAUAUGCAGCUGGACCGAAUGGUUGGACGUCGACUUCCCCUCACCGGGACCCAACCAGGGAGACUUUGAAACCUACCAGCACAUCCGGGCUGCUGGCAAGAAAAUCUGUCAACAUCCACAGGAGAUCGAGUGCCGUGCUGAGGACUACCCUGAGCUGCCCAUCACACAGGUCGGACAGGUCGUGCAGUGCGAUGUCAACUUUGGACUGGUGUGCAAGAACCAGGACCAGACUGGCAAAUUUAAAAUGUGCCUCAACUACAAGAUCCGCGUCCUCUGCUGCAGCCCCAACCCCAACUGCCCAGCACCACUGCCCUACAGCACCACCAGCCCCACCACUACCACCACACGCAGAACACCAACCUCCACAACCACCUCCACGCAGUCCACUUCCUCGGAAACCACAUCGCAGACCUACACCACCACCACAAGCCCCACGCCACCACCAACCCCUUACAUCCCCAGCUCAACCUCCACCACCACCCAGGUCUCUACUCCCUGUCAGCCCAACAUAUGCAGCUGGACCGAAUGGUUGGACGUCGACUUCCCCUCACCGGGACCCAACCAGGGAGACUUUGAAACCUACCAGCACAUCCGGGCUGCUGGCAAGAAAAUCUGUCAACAUCCACAGGAGAUCGAGUGCCGUGCUGAGGACUACCCUGAGCUGCCCAUCACACAGGUCGGACAGGUCGUGCAGUGCGAUGUCAACUUUGGACUGGUGUGCAAGAACCAGGACCAGACUGGCAAAUUUAAAAUGUGCCUCAACUACAAGAUCCGCACCUACACCACCACCAUUAUCCCCACGCCACCAUUUAGCCCCUACAGCCCUAGCACGACCUCCACCACCAUUCCGGUCUCUACUCCCUGUCAGCCCAACAUAUGCAGCUGGACCGAAUGGUUGGACGUCGACUUCCCCUCACCAGGACCCAACCAGGGAGACUUUGAAACCUACCAGCACAUCCGGGCUGCUGGCAAGAAAAUCUGUCAACAUCCACAGGAGAUCGAGUGCCGUGCUGAGGACUACCCUGAGCUGCCCAUCACACAGGUCGGACAGGUCGUGCAGUGCGAUGUCAACUUUGGACUGGUGUGCAAGAACCAGGACCAGACUGGCAAAUUUAAAAUGUGCCUCAACUACAAGAUCCGCACCUACACCACCACCACAAGCCCCACGCCACCACCAACCCCUUACAUCCCCAGCUCAACCUCCACCACCACCCAGGUCUCUACUCCCUGUCAGCCCAACAUAUGCAGCUGGACCGAAUGGUUGGACGUCGACUUCCCCUCACCGGGACCCAACCAGGGAGACUUUGAAACCUACCAGCACAUCCGGGCUGCUGGCAAGAAAAUCUGUCAACAUCCACAGGAGAUCGAGUGCCGUGCUGAGGACUACCCUGAGCUGCCCAUCACACAGGUCGGACAGGUCGUGCAGUGCGAUGUCAACUUUGGACUGGUGUGCAAGAACCAGGACCAGACUGGCAAAUUUAAAAUGUGCCUCAACUACAAGAUCCGCUCCACUUCCUCGGAAACCACAUCGCAGACCUACACCACCACCACAAGCCCCACGCCACCACCAACCCCUUACAUCCCCAGCUCAACCUCCACCACCACCCAGGUCUCUACUCCCUGUCAGCCCAACAUAUGCAGCUGGACCGAAUGGUUGGACGUCGACUUCCCCUCACCAGGACCCAACCAGGGAGACUUUGAAACCUACCAGCACAUCCGGGCUGCUGGCAAGAAAAUCUGUCAACAUCCACAGGAGAUCGAGUGCCGUGCUGAGGACUACCCUGAGCUGCCCAUCACACAGGUCGGACAGGUCGUGCAGUGCGAUGUCAACUUUGGACUGGUGUGCAAGAACCAGGACCAGACUGGCAAAUUUAAAAUGUGCCUCAACUACAAGAUCCGCACCUACACCACCACCAUUAUCCCCACGCCACCAUUUAGCCCCUACAGCCCUAGCACGACCUCCACCACCAUUCCGGUCUCUACUCCCUGUCAGCCCAACAUAUGCAGCUGGACCGAAUGGUUGGACGUCGACUUCCCCUCACCAGGACCCAACCAGGGAGACUUUGAAACCUACCAGCACAUCCGGGCUGCUGGCAAGAAAAUCUGUCAACAUCCACAGGAGAUCGAGUGCCGUGCUGAGGACUACCCUGAGCUGCCCAUCACACAGGUCGGACAGGUCGUGCAGUGCGAUGUCAACUUUGGACUGGUGUGCAAGAACCAGGACCAGACUGGCAAAUUUAAAAUGUGCCUCAACUACAAGAUCCGCACCUACACCACCACCACAAGCCCCACGCCACCACCAACCCCUUACAUCCCCAGCUCAACCUCCACCACCACCCAGGUCUCUACUCCCUGUCAGCCCAACAUAUGCAGCUGGACCGAAUGGUUGGACGUCGACUUCCCCUCACCGGGACCCAACCAGGGAGACUUUGAAACCUACCAGCACAUCCGGGCUGCUGGCAAGAAAAUCUGUCAACAUCCACAGGAGAUCGAGUGCCGUGCUGAGGACUACCCUGAGCUGCCCAUCACACAGGUCGGACAGGUCGUGCAGUGCGAUGUCAACUUUGGACUGGUGUGCAAGAACCAGGACCAGACUGGCAAAUUUAAAAUGUGCCUCAACUACAAGAUCCGCCCUGGACAACACUACAAAUUAUCCAACUGUACAGAACUCCUUUGUAAGGGAAACAACAAUGUGGAAAUAAUUCCAACACACUGCCCACCUGUGAAGGAAAUUACCUGUGCCAACAAGUACCCAGCCAUUCUGGUACCUGAUGAAAACGGCUGUUGUUACCACUAUGAGUGCCAAUGUGUGUGUAGUGGAUGGGGUGAUCCUCAUUACAUUACUUUUGACGGAACCUACUAUACUUUCCUUGAAAACUGCACUUACGUCCUGGUGAAACAGAUUGUGCCUAAAUACGACAACUUCCGCGUCUACAUCGACAAUUACUACUGUGACUCAAAGGAUGGACUUUCCUGCCCCAAAUCCAUUAUUAUUUUCUACAAAUCAGCCAAAGUGGUGCUGACACGUGAACUUGUGAAUGGCAAGAUGACCAACGUGAUGUACUUCAACAACAAGGUAGUCAAGCCAGGCUUCAAAAAGGAUGGCAUUGCUUUCUCCAUGCUUGGCAUCAACAUGAUUGUGGAAAUCAAAGAGAUUGGUGCAACCAUCACCUUCAGCGGCCUGAUUUUCUCUGUGAAACUCCCCUUCAGCAAAUUUGGCAACAACACUGAAGGACAGUGUGGAACGUGUACAAAUGAUGAAUCAGAUGAAUGCCGCUUGCCGAACGGUAAGAUCAUUUCUUCCUGUCCUCAAAUGGCUCAUCACUGGAUUGUUGAUGACAACAAGACGUGUCAUGGAGUACCAGUACCACCAGUUAUAACCACACCUCCACCAAAGCCUCAAUGUGAAACACCUCCUCUCUGCAAGCUUAUCUGGAGCGAGAUUUUUGCAGCAUGCCACGGAGUGAUACCACCAGAACCAUUUUUCAAGGGCUGUGUUUUUGACGGAUGUCGCAUAGAUGAAGAAUCCAUGCAAUGUUCCAGCUUGGAGAUAUAUGCUACAGAGUGUGCUGCUAGAGGUGUCUGCAUUGACUGGAGAGAUAAAACCAACAAUAUCUGCCCAUACAACUGCCCAGCACACAUGGUUUACAGGCCAUGUGGGUCCAUUAAUCCUGCUACCUGUGACCAGAGUCUGCAGAGGAUCAAAUGGAGAAUCCAGAUCAGACAUGGCUGUGUACUCAAUGAAACCUACUACGCGGUUGGAGAAUUCUGGAACGCACCUGGUAACAACUGUACAAGUUACACAUGUGAAAAAUAUGAAGACCAGUACAUUAAAGUUGUCUUACAGAAGACCUGUCCUCCCUUUAACCCUGAUGAGUGUGAUGCAGAUGACAUCAAGGUGUCUGAUGAUGGCUGCUGUCAAGUGUGCAGACCAAAUCUCAGGAGCUGUAUGAAGCGCAAUAGUACUGAUGUCAUCAGACACCGUGGCUGUGUGUCUCCUGCACCUGUUGAGAUCACAUACUGCGAAGGCAGCUGUGAUGCUUAUGCACGGUAUUCUCUGGAGGCAAACACGAUGGACCAUAAAUGCUCGUGUUGUCAGGAAAUCAAGACCAGACAAAGAAAGGUGACUCUGACAUGCAGUGAUGGAACCUUCCUUGAUUACUCAUACACCUACGUGGAGAAAUGCAGCUGUGUGACUGCUGACUGCAUUCUCCAAGGCACCACCCAACAGCAAACAAAGCAGAUCUCUCAGGAGCAAGUGAAAGGCUGA